ACUUCCGUGUUAAAAGAUCUUAUACGUGAUGAGAAUCAGCAAUUCCACCGUCAAUUCUUUAUGAACGCCUUCACUCAUCUCAUACUUAAUCUUAAUCACCCUCCUUAUUUUCCUUUUUUCAUUCUAUCCUACGCCACUCCUAUAUCGCACUGAAAAAGAGAAAAAUUUUAAAUAAUCAUUUUACAGUAACAGUUUUUUUUUAAAAUUAAUUAUUUAAUAAAUUAUUAGAGUUUUAAUAAUCACUUCCUUGUCGUGUGGAAUCUUUCAUUUUUUUCUAAAUCUUACGAAAGACGUUAGUUAGUGCUUAAUAUAUACAAAGAGAGAUCACUGUAAUUCUUAAAUCCGUUCGCGAUCGCUUACUGUAAUGGCGAGGGAAGAAGUGUUGGAGUUCCUCGCUUGUGUUCCUCUUCUUCAGAGGCUUCCUAGAUCGUCUUUGCAAAACUUAUCUCAACUUGUAAUCAUCAAAAACUAUGAGCCGGGAGAGUAUGUUGUUCGCGAGGGAGAGCCUGGAGAGGGUCUUUACUUCAUUUGGGAAGGAGAGGCUGAGGUUGUUGGAUCUGGUAUUGCUGAUGAUGGGAAGGAUCUAGAGUUUCAACUGAAAAGAUAUGACUAUUUUGGUUUUGGUUUAUCAAAUGCAGUACACCAUGCCGAUAUCGUAGCUUUGACUAAGCUAUCCUGUCUAGUACUGCCCCAUGAGCACUCGGCACUGUUGCAGCCAGAGUCUAUCUGGAGUGCAGAAAAAUCUCUUGAGAUAGGCUCACUUGUAGAGCAUAUAUUGCACUUGGAACCAAUAGAGGUAGAUAUUUUUCAAGGUAUAACCCUUCCAGAUGCUCCAAAAUUUGGGAACGUGUUUGGGGGACAAUUAGUUGGUCAGGCACUGGCUGCAGCAUCAAAGUCUGUUGAUUGUCUAAAGGUUGUUCAUAGCUUGCAUACAUAUUUUCUUCUUGCGGGGGAUGUUAACAUACCAAUUAUAUAUAGAGUUAAGCGUCUGCGUGAUGGGAAGAGCUUUGCUACGAGGAAAGUGGAUGCCAUUCAAAAAGGAAACGUUAUAUUCACUUUGUUGGCUUCGUUUCAGAAGGAGGAGUUAGGGUUUCAACACCAGGAAGCGCCUAUGCCAUCAGUCCCUACUCCAGAUGAGCUUGUAUCAAUGGAAGCGUUACGAGAGCUACGUCUUACUGAUCCCCGUCUUCCAAGAACUUACCGGAACAAAGUUGCUACAGCUAAAUUCAUUCCCUGGCCCAUAGAGAUACGGUUCUGUGAACCUAGUCCUUCAACAAAUCAGACCAAGUCUCCUCCUAGUUUGAAAUUCUGGUUUAGAGCAAAGGGAAAGUUGUCAGAUGAUGAGGCCUUGCAUAGGUGUGUGGCUGCAUUUGCUUCUGAUCUAGUAUUUCUUCAUGUAAGUAUGAAUCCCCACCGUCGGAGGGGUUUAAAGAUUGGUCUCUUGAGUUUGGACCACUCCAUGUGGUUUCACAGACCUAUAAGAGCUGAUGACUGGGUACUAUAUGUGAUCUUUAGUCCUACCGCCUCUAAUGCGCGCGGCUUUGUUACAGGCCAAAUGUUCAAUCAGAAUGGAGAGCUACUUAUUUCAUUGGUUCAAGAAGGCUUGGCAAGGAAGCGCAUUCCCAAAAGAUCAGCCACCAACUCUAAGUUAUGAAUUUUUACCAAAAAAAUUAUUAAAAAAAGUAAUAGAAGAAAGCUCUAUUCUGGAGGUGUUGUAGUGUUGGAUACACAUAGUAGUUCGACACUUAUAUGUUGAAUAAUUCAGACAAAUAUUAUUUUGUUUUUAAUAUAUAAAAUAAUUGUAGUAUAUUAUUUUAA